UCGCUCGAUGCCAUUGCUGCUUCUGCAAACCGCUGAUCUGGAUUUUUCGAGUCGCUCUGCAAAGUUACGUCACCCGGAUCAUUGAUCUGAUUGGUUGAAGGACUAUCCAAUUGCGUGAAUAAUGCUCGUUGAUCACGCCUCUUGUGCAGUAGAAAAUACAUACAGACUCUCCAGACCAAUGUUCAAUUUUAAAUUGAGCUUGGUCUGGUGAUAGCCAGACAAGGUCUGUGUAACAUUUCAGAGAAUAAAAAAUACUGGAUUCAGAUUUUUAAAUGUCAGAAACCAUGAGAUUAGUUGAUUUGCUAAUCCACUAACAGCUAAUAAAUUUUGUUUAUUACAUACAUAAAUGACACAUGUAAACAAACCCCUUGCAGAAGCUGCAUAACACAUGAGAAUGAACCUCAUUGGUUAUGCGGCACAUUUGUUCUCGCGUCAUUCAGGUUUGUGUUUGCUGAUCAGUGUUUAUAUGUGAAUAAACGCCUAAAUUAAAUCCAUUCAUCAUAAAAACCGAUCGAGUCUCUUCAGAAAAUUUGGACUAUACUGCUUAAUUCAUAUAGAUUAGUUUUCCAAUCUCUUCAUGAACUUUUUGAAGUUCAUGAAGAGAUUGAACUUCAAAAAGACCAAUUGAACAAAGUUGCAAUUGCGUAGGCUGUCUAUGGAGGGACAGAAAGCUCUCGAAUCUCAUCCAAAAAAUAUUCAUUUGCGUUCCGAAGAUGAACGAAAGUCUUACGGGUUUGGAACGACAUGAGGGUGAGAAAUAAAUGACAGAAUUUUCAUUUUUGGGUGAACUUUAAACAUGAAUCUCUGGCAACUUUGUCUCUUUGGACUCUCGCUGCUUUAUAAAGAUUUAAUUGAUUUAACCCACGUGCUGAUCUGAACCAUAUUCUCCACCUGCUCCACUGAGGCGCGUUAUUCCGAGCACUCAACGCUAUUGUUAGAGGGGUGAUGUAAUUCAACGUGGAUUUGAAGCGGACGAGGACGGAAGAUGGAGAAAGACAGAGAGAUUACUGUGGUCCAGCAGCGCCUAGACUGACAGCUUUGUUUUGAUCGCGCUACUUCUUUAUAAAAUUCUACGAAGGCACGCGAGAUGUAUUUGUAUCUUUGUUUGCAUGCUAUCUAGGAAAACCUGAUGUUUUUUCGAUAAACCUACACCGGACCGCGACUGUAAACCUACAGAAGUCAGCAGCACCGACGCCCCCUCUCCAGCCCCACUGGUUGGCUCUCACACACCGCAGCUCGUGUUGACCCCCUCUGGACUAGAGAGAGAGACGGAGACAGGGACAGGGAGAGAGAGAGAGCACGCGCGCGGCUUGUGAUGACAGCUGAGAGAUGAGCUCGACCAGAUGACCGUGUCAAACACCGACGGUCCCUGGCAAGCAUUCUCUCUACCGUUGUGAUAGAGCCACGUACUGUUUAUUGCGGAGAAAAGGACAUUUGAUCACUUCAGAGUUGCAGUGAAUGGGCUGGAUUGCGUAAGACCGCGCGGUGAUUUCGGAGUUCGAGCUUCUUCGAACGACUCUUCAAACAUGAAUAAUACGAAGAAUCAGCGAGACAGUGACAUCCAGAAGAAGAUCGACUAUGAGAUUCGAAUGCGUGAGGGUGCGUGUAAGCUGCUGGCCGCAUGUUCUCAGAGGGACCAAGCGCUGGAGGCCUCCAAGAGCCUCCUCACCUGCAACGCCCGCAUCAUGGCCUACAUGUCAGAGCUGCAGCGCAUGAAGGAGGCACAGGUCAUGCAGCGGAUCGCACACAGGUCUUCUGAUGCAGGUCCAAUGGAUGACCGAUCCCCAUGUAAAGGCAAAGUAGCAAUUUCAGAUCUCCGUAUACCUCUAAUGUGGAAAGAUACAGAGUAUUUUAAGAAUAAAGGAGAGCUGCAUCGGUGUGCUGUGUUCUGUCUGCUGCAGUUGGGUGGUGAGAUCUUUGACACAGACAUGGUGAUGGUGGACCGGACAUUGACAGACAUCUGCUUUGACAACACAAUUGUCUUUAAUGAAGCCGGCCCAGGCUUCGAGCUGCGUGUGGAGCUGUAUAGCUGCUGUUCAGAGGACGACUACUCAGCAGGCAGCACACCGCGGAAGCUGGCCAGCAAGCUGAGCUCGUCUCUGGGAAGGUCAGCGGGAAAGAAAAUGAGGGCGGGUUUGGAGCCUGGAGCCUGCAGUCCCACCAGCAAUGGAGGAGGAGCGACAAUCCUGCUGCCUGUGCCCUCUGUACCGGGGCCCAAAUAUCAUCUUUUGGCUCACACGACCCUCAAUCUCUCACACGUUCAGGACAGCUUCCGCACACAUGACCUCACCAUCACAGGAAAUGAGGAGUGUUCGUACUGGCUGCCUCUGUAUGGCAGCGUAUGUUGUCGCCUGGCCGCUCAACCUCACUGUAUGACACAGCAGAUGAUGAGUGGCUGUCUAAGGGUAAAGCUUGGAGGUGAGCCACAAGGCUGGACAAAUGUCUAUGGUGUUUUAAAAGGAACGAAUCUCUUCUGUUAUCAUCAGAAAGAGGACAUGGAGGCCAGUGUGGAGCCCGUCUUAACUAUUGGUAUUAACAAAGAGACAAGAAUAAGAGCUGCAGAGAAGGACCCUCACAGCAAGGCACAGAAUAUCUGUAUCACUAACCAGUAUGGAGGAGAGGAGGUGACGCACACACUAGCAGCAGACAGCAGAGAGGACACACAGCGCUGGAUGGAGGCAUUCUGGCAACAGUUCUAUGAUAUGAGCCAGUGGAGGCAGUGCUGUGACGACCUGAUGAAGAUCGAGCUGCCUUCACCACGCAAACCUGCCAUAGUCACGCCGAAGCAGGGCUCCCUGUACCAUGAGAUGGUUAUUGACACCUCUGACGACAUUGGAACGGUCACUGACAUCCUGGCACGUCGUAUUGAAGAGUUUGAGCUGAGGACCCAGCUUGGAUCUCCACCUCACUGGAUGUCCUUGUUUGAAGAUCCCCCGAGAACCCCCCUCAACCAUCAGCACCUGCCGCCCCACUCGCCCAGCCCUCGCCUGCACAGCCGCCAGCCCCGCAGCCCACGCUGCCACCGCACACCCGGCCUUCUCUCCUCCAACGCCAGCCUGACCUCAGACAGCGACAGUCCCGCCAGCGUCAGCCCCUGCUUUCGCCAGGCAUGGUCCCCCGACACCUCUUCCUCCUCCGGUCACUUCCGCCCACGUACCCUCUCCCUGGACGCCAAGCUCUCCACUCUGCGCGGUCGGGGCUACGGUGGCUUCCGGUGCACCUGCCAGCCGCCCACGGCCAGCUCUGUCUCUCCUCGCCCCGCUCAGACUGCUCUUUCCUGCUCCAGUUCCACCUCCAGCAGCAGCUCCAGUGAGGGCAGCAACAGUCAGGAGUCAGACCUGGGCUUCUCUAGACCGUCCAGUGCUCGCCGCAGCCUGAGGAACCUGAGAGCCAAGCUAGACCCCAGGAACUGGCUGCAGAGUCAGGUGUAGCUGUCACACUUCCUCUGGUUACUGUCAGAGCCAUCACAACUUCCUGUGUCCCCCUGGAAAAAAACUGGAAUACCUGAGGUCAUGUUUGCUCAACAGAUGUCAUUGCAUCCUUUUUACGUAAUAACACAUAGAGCAACAUGCAACUUUUUCUUCUGCCUUUUAAAGGAGCUUCACAAUGGGAACUGAAUAUUAUUAGAUAUAUAAUACACUGUUAAUAUAUAUAUAUAUCAUUAUACAUUGUCUCUUCAUGAAAUGCCCAUUAUUUUGGAUCUGUGGAGAGUGUGCUGUUUUUAUGUGAGAGAGAUUCCUGGUACAGUGGUUUUAGACUGAACUGAAGCAGUUGUCCUGGUGUUGUAGGAUCUGAAAAUGUAACUUUUUGACCAGUCAUUGUUUCGUUUUAGAUAUAUGAUGCUUCAUGAAGCAUCGGAGCAUAAUGAAUCAGUGUAUCGAAUCAUGAUUCAGAUCGCGUGUAAAACUGUCAACGGCUGAAAUCACGUGACUUUGGCGCUCCGAACAGCAGAUUCAAUACACUGA